ACACGUUAAGGAGUGAAACAAAAACUUGCACAAAACCCUAACAAACCCGUUUCUAAUCAAACAUUUAGACGCCAGCCAUGAAAGUUCGAUCGGUGAAGCUGCGAGAGGCGCACAAGUCCAGUGCCGGUGGCAAUGGCUCAUUCUGCUCGAUCUUGUGGGACCUACAGGGACAACACUUGGUCACUGCCUCAUCUGCAGAAACUACAAUAUCCAUCCACGACUCUCUCCUCCCUUCAAAUCCGCCUAACAUUCUGCGCCACCAUCGCGAUGGUGUCACCGCCUUAGCUCUGAGCCCCAAUUCCACUUGUUUGGCUUCUGGAUCUAUUGAUCACUCCGUUAAGCUCUACAAGUUUCCAGGAGGAGAAUUUCAGACUAAUGUUACUAGAUUUACAUUGCCAAUUCGAGUCCUUGCAUUUAAUAAUUCUGGGAGCAUGCUGGCUGCUGCCGGUGACGAUGAAGGCAUUAAGCUUAUCAAUACAAUUGAUGGUUCAAUUGCAAGGGUUCUUAAAGGGCAUAAAGGACCUGUUACUGGUUUAGCUUUUGACCCCAACAGUGAAUACUUGGCGUCAAUUGAUUCAAUUGGGACAGUAAUAUACUGGGAACUUCAAUCUGGGGUAACACUACAUACUCUUAAAUGUGUUGCUCCUGACACAGGUUUUGAUCUUUCUAUAAUGAAUGUGCUUUGCUGGAGUCCUGAUGGGGAGUCCUUAGCUGUCCCAGGUUUGAAAAAUGAUGUGGUCAUUUAUGAUAGAGACACAGCUGAAAAGUUGUUUUCUUUGAGAGGCGACCAUGUGAAGCCCAUUUGUUUCUUGUCUUGGUCACCUAAUGGCAAAUACAUGGCCACUUCUGGUUUGGAUAGGCAAGUUCUCAUAUGGGAUGUUGAUAAGAAGCAAGACAUUGACAGACAAAAAUUUGAUGAUAGAAUAUGUUGUAUGGCAUGGAAGCCUAUUGGCGAUGCUUUGGCUGUUAUUGAUGUUACGGGGAAAUAUGGUGUGUGGGAUUCAGUUGUUCCUUCAUCCAUGAAAUCUCCUACAGAAGGUAUUCCAAAUUCACGAUCAAGGAACAGUAACGGGCUUCUUUUGUUUGAUGAGGAGGAGGAGGAGGAGAAGGAGCAAGAAGUUAGUGUAUCUGGAAGUUUAAGUGACCUUGGGGAAGAUAGCCAUGGUGAAUCUCAACAACCUAGCCGGAAACGGUUAUGGAAACAGUCUGUAGCUGAUGAAGAACUGGAUAAGGAUGUGAACAAUGAUUUCUUGUUUCCACAGAAUGAGUCCAGGAAAAAGGCUUAUACAACUCACAAGGAAUACUCUGAUAAAAGAAAUGGAUCAAGUGUAAGGACAUCUAAUAGGAUGAAAAUGCAGGAGGCUUUUCAGCCAGGUUCUACCCCUUUACAGCCCGGAAAGAGGUCCUUCUUAUGCUAUAAUAUGCUUGGGACUAUAACAACAAUUGAACAUGAUGGCUAUUCUCAUAUAGAGAUAGAUUUUCAUGACACUGGCAGAGGUCCCCGUGUUCCAUCAAUGACUGAUUAUUUUGGAUUCACAAUGGCAGCAUUAAACGAACAUGGAAGUGUUUUUGCAAAUCCUAGCAAGGGUGAGAAGAACAUGAGUUCUCUCAUGUAUCGCCCGUUUAGCAGCUGGGCAAAUAAUAGUGAGUGGUCUAUGCGGUUCGAAGGAGAAGAAGUCAAGGCUGUAGCACUCGGUACAGGUUGGGUGGCUGCAAUUACAAGUCUUAAUUUUCUUCGCAUCUUCACUGAGGGUGGUUUGCAGAGACAUAUUCUCUCCCUUGAUGGGCCAGUGGUGACGGCAGCAGGCUUUCAAGAUCAACUAGCGGUUGUCACUCAUGUUUCAGAUUGUCUUCCUUCAAAUGAUCAGAUGCUAGAGUUUAGAGUAUUCAAUGUAGCCAAGGGAACUCAGCCCUUGAAAGGACGGCUCCCAGUGUCUCCUGGUUCAAGUCUAGCAUGGUUUGGGUUCAGUGAAGAAGGCCAGUUAAGUUCCUAUGAUUCUAAGGGUGUAUUGAGGGUUUAUACAAGCUUAUAUGGUGGCAGCUGGCUUCCAAUAUUCAGUGCUAGUAAAGAGAAGAAGUCAGAUGAAAACUAUUGGAUUGUUGGCUUAAAUGCAAGGAAGUUGUUUUGCAUUGUCUGUAAAAAUCCGUACUUUUUCCCUCAGGUUAUGCCUAAACCAGUUCUCACUCUGCUAGAUCUUUCAUUUCCUCUUGCAUCCUCUGACCUGGGAGCAGAAGCCCUUGAAAAUGAGUUUAUAUUGAAUAACAUUCAUCUCUCAGAGACUCUAAAAAGAAUGGAAGAACUGGCAGAAGCUGGUUUUGACACUGGUUCACUGGACGAUGAGGCUUUCAAUAUAGAAGCAUCUCAAGAUAGAUGCAUCUUGAGGCUUAUUGCGUCUUGCUGUAAUGGUGACAAGCUUGUGAGGGCUAUGGAACUUGCAAAGCUUCUAUCGAUGGAAAAAUCCGUGCAGGGUGCAAUAAAGCUUGUUACUAAACUGAAACUCCCAAAUUUGGCAGAAAGGUUCAACAGCAUACUGGAGGAAAGGUUGCUUAAUGAAGCCAAGGAGAGUCCAAAUACAUACCACAAGAACUCAACUGGUGAAUUGUCCAUCAGAGGUGAUGUUACAGUUGGAAAGGCCUCAACUUCAACCGAAAGAAGUAAAAUUUCAGAACCUAUUAUUCCAUCAUCUGCAGGAUCAUCUGACCAUACAUUUACGAAGAAAGAAAUACAGACAGAGGGAGUUAAGCUUGGUCAUGAAUUACCACAUCAAAACCAAACUUCAAAGGUAGAGAAUAUCAAGGGCUUAAGGAAUAAAGAGGAAGCAGCAAAUUUAUUGUCAAGGCCUGCGGACAAUCAGGAGAAUUUGCCAAAAGCUGGAGAAUCGAAUCAGGCGAAACCUCAACGCCCAUCUAAUCCAUUUUUCAAGUCAUCAGUCAAGUGAUAUUCACCAACGUGACAAAAAGAGUGAUCACAGAUGAGAUGAAUAUGCUAAAUUGAAACCACAUCAUCCAGCAGAUCAUGUAGAAAUGAUUCAUACGGGCAUUCUUGGGGGAUCAUCUUGCUGGUAUUAAACAUUUUGUGCACAAUGCUUUAGAAAGAACCAUUGAACGGGAUCUGCAUCUGUAAAUAUGUAUUUAAGAAGCAUAAGCUUCAUAUUUUAUUCAGAGUUCUUACAUUUUUUUUU